AUGGCCGACCGCCGAGGCUUCCUCCUACCACUGGUAAUCUUCGCCUUCUUUAUCUUCUCUCCCGUAAAUCGCGGACCGAUCGACUCCCGCUUCCAGGAACGACCCAGCAUCGAGGAUGCAAUAGCUGAAGAGGAGAAGUCGCUGGGAGUGCUACAGAACUCGUCCUACAGCGACUUCUGGGGACGAUCAGCUGAUGGAGACCUCUUGAUUAACGAUGGCCCGCAGCUAAACCUCGCCGGCCUACGGCGUGAUCGGGGUGUUGCAUGGGCUGCUCUUCCUGCAGUCAAGAAAAGGGCGGAAGAGUUCUUGGGAAAUGCUCUAGGAUCUGCUGGCAUUAAUGCUUUAGGUGCGGUAGGGCGAUCAACAGAUCUACCACCACUGUACAGCAAUGUGACGGGCUACGUACAUGGCCCAUGGGUCCGAUCGAAGCUGCGGGAAAAUAUAGCUCAACCGCAUCUCAAUCUAUCAUCGUACGCCGGCCAAGGGCCAUAUGGCCCGUUCCAGCUAAACACAUUCGAGCGGAACAUCACUGGAGAUACCGGCGAUGUCAGUAUACGCUUCCACGAGAGGACGGCGCACGAUUUGGUACUGCCAGAUCAUGCCAACGUCACCAGCAUCAGCGUUGAGAUGACGCUGCGUGAAGAUGUCGGGGAGAACGACGCCGAAUUGCAGCUCUACGGCGUCUACAACAUGGAUAUUGGCCAAGCCAUCCUGACCACAACGAGCGACAAGAUGGCUGGCAUAUUCAUGCUGCCCCACUUCUCACUAUCGGAGAGCACGUUCGAGUCAGCCAAAGCAUAUCUGAACCAGUCCAUAUCCCGCACCAUAAAAACGCGUAAAGAUGGCGACAUCGAGUCCUUCAACCCAUGGCCCUCAAGGGGUAACACCGGUCCACCAAUGAAUACGGACUUGCCACUCUGCGAACUCAUUGUCUGGCUGCAGCAAAUGUCUCCUCGUGCUUUACCAGCAACGAAUACUCAACAGAAUAUACUAGGCUUCCUGGAAAGCGAGCUUCGCUCUCCUACUGGUGCAUUCUUACCUCCUGCACCCGAGCUUCGCUUCAACAUGAUUGCAUUCUCGCCCGACUGCGGAUACGUACUCGAGUCGAAAGGUGAGCCGGACUUCGUGCCUCAGGAUGGCGAUCAUCUAGUUGGACCAAAGAUAGAGGCUUUGUUUGGUAAUGGCAGACACCACCUUGUGUUCUUCGCACUGGUCAUCGGUUCGCAAAUCGCCCUGCUUAAGCGCCAGAUGCAGGAGGCUAGUACGCCUUCGACACGAAGUCGCAUCAGUUUCACCACCGUCGCUAUGCUGGCACUUGGCGAUGGCUUCGCAACAAUGACAUUCCUACUCGUCAGCCUAUUCAUUAGCAACCUAUGGCUUGACCUCAUGGCCGCUGCGUUCCUGGCUUUCGUGUCGGUGUCGUUCUUUGGUAUGCGCUUCAUGUUCGAUAUAUGGACUGCUCAUGCGCCGGAGCGUGAGCGUGCGGCGCGAGAAGAGGCCGAGGAGGAGCGACAGAGGAGAGAAAGGUUACAGGUUGCGCUUGAUCGUAUUCAUGCUGAUCGGAACGAGAGGCUGAGGCAAUUGGCUGAGAGGCAGGAAGCGAGGGUUGCUAGUGGUCCUCCUACUGAUGCUGAGCUGGCUGCUGCGAUCCCUCAGCCUCCCUCGAGUGAUCAGACGAGCUCGCCGACCGAAGUGUCCGCUGCCAAUGCUGACACAGCGCCAACGGCCAGGGAUGCACCUAGCACGGAAGAGGCGCAACCAGUUCCCGUAGCCGCUACUUCUACACCUCUACCAGAUCUACCGGCAACAGCGCCGCCAGUAGAGAUGCCUGCAGUACCCGAGACGCUUCCGUUACCGGCCACAGCUCGUCGGCCACCCGAGGCUUUUGCCACACCGCUUUGGAUGCCGUUGGAUCAGGCAGGUAUCGUGACGCAAACAGCCGAUGGCUUACAAGUCAACAUGGAAGUCGAACCUCAGACCUCCAGCUUCGGCUCACUCUAUAUGCGUUUCUACCUUGUCCUUCUUGCCGUCUUGUUCAUAAGCCUGAAUGCCGCUGGUUGGCCUACAACGCUACGAAGAGUCUACUUCACCACCCUAGCACUCCUCUACCUCUCAUUCUGGAUCCCUCAAAUCAUUCGCAACGUUCAGCGCAACUGUCGCAAAGCCUUUCGGACCGAGUUCGUGCUCGGCGAGAGUGCCUUGCGUCUGAUGCCAUUCGUCUAUUUCUUCGCCUAUAAGCGCAAUGUCGUCUUCGCCAGCCAAGACCUGUACAGUCUCGCUCUUCUCGCCAUCUGGGUAUGGAUCCAGAUUGUAAUCAUCACGAGCCAGGAGAUCAUCGGACCACGAUGGUUCGUUCGCAAAGACUGGGCGCCUCCAGCUUACGACUAUCACCCUGUUCUCCGCUCGGAUGAAGAAGGCGCAACCUUACCUCUUGGCCUCUCAGAUGCGAACAACAUUUCCGCGCCCACCUCGCCUCUGCUCGAGCGCAGGGUCAGCUUAUCAUCACCUGCGACAGCGCGACGGACCUCACUCGCCACAACCAAGGAGCACAAAGAAAAAGGCAAACGAAUGUAUGAUUGUGCUAUCUGCUUUCAGGAUCUCGAGGUGCCUGUCAUCGAAGCUGAUGGGACUGGCGAUAAUGCUGGGACGGCUGCAUCGCUGGCAGGAGGACUGCUGGCGAGGAGGAACUAUAUGGUUACUCCGUGUAGACACAUCUUCCACAGCGCUUGUUUGGAGGGGUGGAUGAAGUACAGACUCCAAUGCCCGAUUUGUCGCGAGGGGCUGCCGGCGCUAACCACUUCCACAGACCACGAAGCAACUAUGAUCGCAGCCAUAUCGAAAUGGCUUGACGCCCAGGCCACCACACUUCACGAACCACUCCUACCAGAUCCAGCGACGUUCGACUUCGAUGAGCAGGACAACCCACCACGAACCAGCACCCAUACCCUUACUACUGCAAUCGAGAGACUGAUCCUCGCCACAGCUGCUUUACACCGAGCUGGGCCGUGGUACACCUCGAAGUCUGAGGCGCUCUGGCAUUUCAUUGCUGGUUCUCUAUCACGAGCAGAGUAUGAUAACAAAGUUUCGAAGGCUCUGGCUAAGUUGCCGAAAAGAACAAUUGUGGAGAGGGAUGUAGCGUUUGCUGAGGGGAGGACGCUUGAGGCCUUGAUGACGCUGAGGAGGGAGGGUGAUGUCAGGGAUGUUAGGGAUCUGAUGGAGUGUUUGGAUGAGUUUGAAAAGGCUGGAAUUUGA